GAACUCUUAAUUAGCACAAAAUCUUUGGAGCAUAUUGAGCUUGGGUUCCGACCUAAGCAGAAUUUGAUGCUAAUAAAAUAAUGAGAAAUUAUUAUUUUAAAAACAAAAUCUGGUAUCAGAAACUCCGACUGCGACGGCGUUAAACCCGUUUAUUCUACGCUGCGCCCGUCGCACGGGUUCCAGCGUGCAUGAACCUACUGGUUUUAUUUUAAUAUUUUAUUAAUAUCGAAUAAUAAUAACUUUAAACCAAAUCAAACAAUUUCCAUUUAUUUCGUGUUGUUAGGGAGAAAAUUGACCAUCUAAAGAAGGACCCACGUAUGCCUAUGGCGGUAGAGGACAUCCGAGUUGACUGGUUUGAGACCUCCAGUUCCAUCACUCGUCACUGCCAAUUUCAACCCGGUGGCCACCUCUCUGUGAAGAUUUUGGAUGACUCCAGACCAGUCUACCACAGGCUGGUUGAAUCUUUCUUGAAUAAAUUCUUCCCAUCUGGUUAUCCGCAAAGUGUGAAUGAAGGGUAUCUUAGAUACACACAAUUUCGAGCUCUGCAACACUUCACCGGUUCCAUAUUAUCAGUGUUGUCCACUCAGUCACUGUUAUUUGCUGCUGGCUUGAGACCGACUCCUGCACAGGCAACUGUCGUGAGUUGGAUAUUGAAGGAUGGAAUGCAGCACGUAGGGAAGCUUAUAUGUAGUAAUCUUGGUGCCAGAAUGGAUUCGGAGCCAAAGCGAUGGAGGAUUUUAGCUGAUGUCCUCUAUGACUUGGGCACUGGUUUGGAAGUCCUUUCUCCUUUAUGCCCUAGUCUUUUUCUUGAAGUGGCAGGUCUUGGCAAUUUUGCUAAGGGCAUGGCUGUAGUUGCAGCAAGAGCAACCAGAUUGCCUAUUUAUUCAUCGUUUGUCAAAGAAGGUAAUCUUAGUGACCUAUAUGCAAAAGGGGAGGCUAUCUCAACUCUUUUUAAUGUUGUUGGCUUUGGAGCUGGCAUUCAGGUGGCAUCUACAGUUUGUUCAUCAAUGCAAGGAAAGUUGGUAGUUGGGCCUCUUCUAUCUGUCAUACAUGUGUAUUGUGUCAUUGAAGAAAUGCGAGCUGCUCCUGUCAACACAUUGAAUCCACAAAGGACUGCAAUGAUUGUGGCUGAUUUUGUAAAGACUGGAAGAAUAUCUAGCCCUGCUGAUCUAAGAUAUCAAGAAGAUCUCUUAUUUCCAGGACGGCUUAUAGAAGAUGCUGGCAAUGUAAAGGUGGGCAGGGCUCUGCACAAAAUUAUCAAGCCUUCAAAAUUUGAGGAGUUAAAAGAGAUAUUUGGCAGGGAGAAGUUUAUUUUAAAUCGUGGAAAUAAAUGGACAGACAUGGUAUUAGAACACAAUGCCACAGGUGAAGAUGCAUUGAGGGGUUGGUUAGUUGCAGCAUAUGCUGCCAGCAUGGAGAAGUCUUUCCAUGAUCCAAAUACCAUUGUCUUGGUGGAUGCUUAUCAGAAGAUGAAUAGUGUGUUCAACCCAUUUCUGACUGAACUGCAGGCCAAAGGAUGGCAUACUGAUCGUUUUCUUGAUGGAACAGGUAGCCGUUUUGCAUGGUAGUAUUUGUCGUUUUAUUGAACAUAUCUCUUCUUCAAGUUAAAAAGAUUUAACAUUGAUUAGCCUGAUCUGGACUAAUUCAAGUAUAAUCAUGAAUGACCUUAGCCGGAUUAUGAGUUGAUGCUUUUAAAAGUAAAACCAUAGAAAUAGAAAUUAUAGCAUUUCAUGAAGACAUGAAAUUUUUUAGGUUAUGAUUAAAGUGUUGAUUUCUUGAUUUCUGAAGUUGAAAUGAAAUUUCUGUGAUGUAUUGA